CCGCACCCAGGUUCCAUCAGCAAAAUGCAGGACGUCGAAGACAACGUGCCCCUGGAGGAUCCUGCCGUUGCAGAGAGCCGCUCCUGUAAGCCCAGAACACCAGAACGGAACCAAAAGGGCAAGAGCAUCCCCGAGGCUUCAACCCCUCGUCUGACAGAUACAGGUAACGAUGUUUCCAAGCUGAGCAACGAGAUUGGGAUGAACCAUGAUUUCCACAAGGAAGAGAAGGUUUUACCUCCAAGCAGUGUGGAAGGCAAAAUCAAGGAAACAAUGCAUAAUGCCUUUUGGGAUCAUCUUAAAGAGCAGUUGUCAGCUACUCCCCCCGACUACAGUUGUGCUCUUGAACUUUUGAAAGAAAUUAAAGAGAUCUUGCUAUCGCUGCUGUUACCUCGCCAGAACCGCCUGAGAAGUGAGAUUGAAGAAUCUCUGAACACGGACCUCCUCAAGCAGGAAGCAGAACAUGGGGCCCUGAACGUCCUUCAUCUCUCCAAGCACAUUCUCAGCAUGAUGACUUUGCUGUGUGCUCCAGUUCGAGAUGAAGCCGUGCAGAAACUAGACAACAUUACAGACUCUGCUCAGCUACUGAGAGGGAUCUUCCAGGUCCUGGGGCUGAUGAAAAGGGACAGGAUGAACUAUACCAUCCAAAGCCUUCAACCCCACCGGCAGGAACAUUCCAUUCAGUAUGAACGGGCUAAAUUCCAGGAACUCCUCAACAAGCAGCCGAGCCUCCUCGACCACACCACCAGGUGGCUGACCCGCGCGGCAGCAGACCUCACCACGCUGCCUCCAGCUUGCCCCGAAGCUCCUGACCCCUGCGGCGUGGCCUGCCCCUCUCCGAAUGAGGCAGCCUGCAGCCCCGAGCCCCUCAGCCCCACAAUGGUGCUGUCCCAGGGUUUCCUGAACCUUCUUCUCUGGGACCCUGACGAUGAAGAGUUCCCUGAGACGCUGCUGGCGGACAGAGCCCGGCUGCAGGAGCUGCAGUCCCAGCUGCUCCACCUGACCAUUCUGGCCUCAGUCUUGCUGGUCACCAGUAGUUUCUCUGCCAGUGUUCUGUUUGGCUCCCCUCAGUUUGUGGAUAAGCUGAAACGCAGAAUCAAAGCCUUCAUGGAGGAAUUUAAUUCCAGGCCUGAGGAGGCCAUGCUGACUGUGAGUGAACAGGUGUCUCAGGAAAUCCAUCAAAGCCUCAAGAACAUGGGCCUUGCUGCUCUGAGCAGUGACAACACAGCAUCUUUGAUGGGACAGCUCCAGGACAUUGCCCACAAAGAGAACUGUGUCCGCAAUGUCAUCGAUCAGAGAAUCCACCUGUUUCUCAAAUGCUGUUUGGUUCUUGGUGUGCAACGCUCUCUGCUAGGCCUCCCUGGAGGCCUUACUCUCAUUGAGGCAGAGCUGGCAGAACUGGGCCAAAAGUUUGUCAGCCUAACACACCACAACCAGCAGGUGUUUGGCCCUUACUACACGGAGAUCCUGAAAACCCUCACCCCCUCAAGCCAGGCUCUGGAAGCAGAAGUGGAGUCUCCCUGAGAGCCCCAGCUCCAAGUCCCGGUAC